AUGAUCUACUCUGGGAACUAUAUGAUCUACUCUGGGAACUAUAUGAUCUACUCUGGGAACUAUAUGAUCUACUCUGGGAACUAUAUGAUCUACUCUGGGAACUAUAUGAUCUACUCUGGGAACUAUAUGAUCUACUCUGGGAACUAUAUGAUCUACUCUGGGAACUAUAUGAUCUACUCUGGGAACUAUAUGAACUACUCUGGGAACUAUAUGAUCUACUCUGGGAACUAUAUGAUCUACUCUGGGAACUAUAUGAACUACUCUGGGAACUAUAUGAUCUACUCUGGGAACUAUAUGAUCUACUCUGGGAACUAUAUGAUCUACUCUGGGAACUAUAUGAUCUACUCUGGGAACUAUAUGAUCUACUCUGGGAACUAUAUGAUCUACUCUGGGAACUAUAUGAUCUACUCUGGGAACUAUAUGAUCUACUCUGGGAACUAUAUGAUCUACUCUGGGAACUAUAUGAUCUACUCUGGGAACUAUAUGAACUACUCUGGGAACUAUAUGAUCUACUCUGGGAACUAUAUGAACUACUCUGGGAACUAUAUGAUCUACUCUGGGAACUAUAGGAACUACUCUGGGAACUAUAUGAACUACUCUGGGAACUAUGAAUUGCACAUGAAUUAA